AUGGUUGUUCUUGAACCUAUUAUUCCACAAUCUCAUCAGAAUAAUCAAACGUUAGAAGAAAACCAUUCUAUGCAACAUUCAACACCUCAUGACGAACAAACAACUUUUAAUGAUUCUACAAUUACAUCCGAUACAUCUACAUCAUCAAAUUCAAAAUCAGUUAAAAAGAGACAAAGACUUACACUAGUUUGUUUACCUUGUCGAAGAAAGAAAAUCAAAUGUGAUAAAGGAAAACCAUGUUCAAACUGUAAUAAAUCCAAGCCUGAUGAAUGUAUUUAUGAUGAAAGGAAAUUUGAACCAAAGAAACGUAGGCGUAAUAUCUCCAAAAGCCAUCAUCAACAUUCCCAACAACAGCAACAGCAAAACUUUCCAAGAUCAUCAACACCUCAUCUACAAUCGUCUCAGAAUUCAGUAAAUUCGUCACAUGCUUCGAAGCAACCCCAGAAACCGUCAUCCGUAGAACCUAAACAUGAUGUUUGUGUAUUAAUUCAAAAAUCAGUAUUGGAAGAGUUGCAAGCAAAACUUAAGUACUAUGAGAAUUUACCAUCUAAUUCAUCAGGAAAUCAACUGGCUCAAACAUCUCAACCACCACCACCUGCUCCAACUUCAAUAACAUCAGUUCAACCAGAACCAGAUUAUGACAACAAUGAUGACAUUGUUUACAAUAAGUCCAUUAAUACUUAUAGAAAUGUUGUAUUCUCAAAUCAUGAUGAAUUAAGACCAGGUUUUAUCCCUGUGGAGAAUGUUGCAUCUGAUAAUAUGUAUAUUUAUGAUAUUAAAAAUUCCACAGUGACUUCUACAUUACAUUUAUCAAGAUUAAGUUCAAGUGAUGAAUUGCUAAUUGGUAUCAAUCCAUACAACUCACCAAAUGAUUUUGUUGAUUUUUAUGCAAGUAUACCUAAAGUUUUUGGAAGGUAUAAUCGAGGUGCAAUGUCGCCUUUAUCAUCUACAUAUUCAAUCAGAUCUGGAACAGCAAGUAGAACAUUGCGAUGUUUUUCAUCAUUCGAAGCCCAAAAAGAAGAUAAGAAAAAAGUAGAUGCUGGAAUUACGUUUGAUCCUUUAAAGAAACUAAUUUUACCCAACGAUGAAAAAGUUAAAUCUAUGCUACAUUUGGAUCGAAGUUUAGAAUCUAAAUUUGAAGAAAAGAUUGAAUUGUCCGAAGAUGAUAAACUAAACAGAAGUGUCAAUUCACAAACACCCACUGCUCCAGCUAAUAUGACUACUUUUGCCAUGGGUUUAAGUAUUUUAGGAGGAAACAAAGACCGGGAAUCAAGUUUAAUUGAACAGAUUCAAAAUGCAAUGCCUCCAAAGAAAGUUAUUUGGUUAUUGAUACAAAGAUAUUUUAGUUUAUUGUAUCCUAUAAUACCUUACGUUAUUGAAGACACUUUUAGAGAACAUACGGAAAAAUUAAUCGGGAAGGAAUCAUAUGAAGAUGUUAAACCAUCUGAAGUUAAAAUCGAAAAUCGAGUAGAUAUUGCCCAUGUGGGGAUUUUAUUUGUUAUAUGUCGAUUGCUGUAUUUAUCAUUGUUUCAUAAUCGAGGAUUUUAUAAUGAACAAAUAUUGACCAAAACAGACCUUACUCCCGCUGAAGAAGAACGAAAAUAUUUAAUUCUCAAUGCUAUUAAUAUUCAAGUUAUUGAAAUUGCUCAAGCAUGUUUUAUUCAUUUACAAAGAGUUGGAAGAAUCAAAUUUCCACUAUUACAAUUGGGUAUUUAUUUACGUUCCUACAAAGUUUAUGCUCCAGAAGAAGGUGACGGAUUGGAAGGUGGGGAUUCAUUUACUCAGCAUGGGAAUUUGGUUGCAAUGUGCUACAUUUUAGGAUUGAAUAGAGAACCGGAUAAGUUGCCCAAUGGAACCGAUGAAAAGGUAAAAAAUUUAUACAGAAAAGUAUGGUACUAUCAGUUGAUGCAAGAUUUUAGUCAAGCACAUACAUAUGGCACACCAUUACUUAUCAAGCCAGAUUCCUAUGAUACUAAAAGACCAUUUUUCACAGAAGAAAAUUCAAAUUCUCGAGAUUUAGAUGUUGAAAAAGCCUCACUUUCGGUAUUUGCGUUUAUUUCUUCCUUGAUUAGAGGUCCUGUUAGGGAUAUCGUUGUGUUGUGUAAUAAAAUUGGAGAAAAAGUGAAAAUUCUGGAAUUAACCAGUCAUUUAAAUCAUUUAGAAAAAGGAGUUUCUCAAUUAUUAGGUAAAGUGAGUGAUUAUACUUAUAAUCUAGAAGAGAAAAGUUCCAAUUAUCAUACGAAUAAAAUCCUUAAAAUUGGAGUUUUAUUCAAGAUGAAUUCAUUAAUCAUGUUGUUGUACUGUCAUUUAUUUAAUAUUUAUGAACUAACCAACAGUAAAUUGGCCUUCUUCUACUUGAAGAAAAUAUUAUUCAUGGCAAUUAUUGAAAUGUUACCUUAUGUUUUUCCAUUAAUCACCAAAAGUCAAGAAUUAUUUGGAGAAGCCGCAGAUUUGAAUAUUAAUCCAACUAUUAUAUUAUUUUUGGUACGACUUACUGAUUUUUGUUUAGGUUCAUUAAUGAGAGCCAUUUUUUCCCAAAUCAGAAUGUCAAAUGAUCCAAACCAUAGUACUAAGCUUAAUACUGAUUCAACUUAUAAGAAAAUUUUUAAUUCUACAGGUGGGUAA